UCGGGAAAACGUAUGAUCAUUAACCAAAACGAGAUAACGAUUAACGACCACCUACACUGCUGUACGAAGGGCACUCACAAAUUCACAGCAAUCCUUAGUCGUCACUCGUUAGAGAUCUCUGCGUUCUGCUGUUAUAGUUAUAUUCAUUUCUAUUAAAACACACUAAUUACGUAUCGAUCUGACAGGUGACAGCUUAGUCAGUCAGUCAGUGAUCCAUAUUGUCUUUUCGCUACUUUUAUUGUCGUCCCCAUUAUGGACAUGGAAAACGUAAAACAGAUAUUCAGAGAUGCUGGCACCGCGAUCAGCAGAGCAGUACAAUUUACAGAAGAAAAAUUGGGUAAAGCAGAGAAAACAGAACAGGAUCCAAAUUUUGAACAACUCGUCACUUUUUGUGAUAACACUAAACAGAACACUGAAACAAUAUUGAAGAAUAUGGAAUUUAUUUUGAAUUCUAAUCCUGGUAUGAGAGUGGAAAAUCUUUUUUUCUUAGACAAGAAAAAAUCUGGACUCAGCAGCUCAGAAUAUUUAGGAAUUGCCAUGACAGAAGCUGGAAAUGAUUUUGGUCCAGAUACUGCUUAUGGUAGUGCACUUAUAAAAGUUGGAAAUAUACAACAAACACUGGGACUCAAUCAAAGAGAAUUUAUCAAAUCAGCCAAUGAUUGUUUUGUGAACCCAAUGAAUAAAUACUUAGAAACUGAUAUGAAAACUGUGGUCAAGGAACGUUCACUAUUGGAAAAAAGAAGACUUGACUUAGAUGCUUGCAAAACUCGAGUGCGCAAGACCAGAAUGCUUGCAACAACUAAAGUUAAGCAAGAUGACUCUGGUCCUACUAUGGAAGAGUUAAUAGAUAAGGCUGAACAUGAUCUCAAAGUAGCUCAAGAGGAGUAUGAUCGUCAGGCAGAAAUAACCAAACUAUUGAUGGAAGGUGUUCCCAGUGCACACCCUCAACAUUUGCAGCACUUGUUAGACUUUGUUGAUACACAAGCAGCUUUUUAUUUAAAAUGUCAUGAGUCUUUAAUGAGUCUUCAAUCAGAUCUUUCUGGGCAAGUUAAAAAUUUUCAAUUUAUUCACAGUGUUUAUUUAACUUUAAUAAUAAACUCAAUCUACUUAGCAAGUUAUAGAUAA